AUAAAUUAGUUUUUCUUAAGAAAAUAGAGAUUUCCAAACUAGCUCUAAUCGAGAGGAUGGGAAAGUUUCUUUCCAUACGGGAAUAUAAAUAGGAAAAGUUCCUUCUCCAUAGGGAUGAGAACGGAGAAGUAUUCCCCGUUUCUCACGGCACCCAUUAAACUUGUACUUAAUGAUGUUUUAGUGUGUAAUAGAUAAUGAUAAAAAUAAAUAAUUACAUUUUCAAAAGAUUACUUGGUAUACAAUUGUAUUUAUUUAAUGUAUAUAUAAUGAUUUCUUAAAUAUAAUAAUAUGUUUGAGUGAUAAUGUUUUAUAUUAAUAACAAAUCACAUACGUUGUAAUUACUCUCUCCCUUUCUUAUUAUUAACCGUGGGAGCAAUGCUGGAACGCCGUUCUUCCACGUAUUGCUGAAAUGUGCGAGCCGUCCGAUGUCAGAUCAAGGAUGUAUGCGAAGCGUCCGUUCACGGUGUGUUGAUUGUGCUGGAAGGAUCCAGAGCUCGGUGCGUACAGACAAAACCAGAGCUCGCUGCGUACAAACAAAAAGAAAAAUACUAAACCCAGUGUAUCUUCUGCUGGAAGGAAACGUCUGUAACAGCGAAGGCGAUGCCCUCAAGGUGAUCUCCAAGGUGAAGGUCAAAAACAUCUAAACAACCUCGGUAGCUCUUUGAAAAAAAAGACUCAAGCAGGAAAGAAAAAUAUAAUUUGCAACAAAGACUGACGACAAGAAAAGAUCGAUAAACAAAAGGUGUCAUAGAUAAAUAGAGACCUACAAAACAGUCUGACCAUGGAUUGCGAUGAACACAAUGGAAAUACAAGAAAAAGGAAAAAUAGUUCGUCUGGAUUGUAUUCACCAUCAAUUAUCAAUGCUACAGAAGCAAGGCAAAAUCGCAGACGCUAUUUAAACCAGAAGCGUAUGGCUAAAAAAGGCAUACCAAAUCAAACAACAGAAAGUUUACACUGUGGUCAUUUUACUAAGGAAUACAUACAGGCACUCAAAGGUCUCAAAUCUUGGAUGCACCACAAGAAACCAAUGCAGACAAGGAAGUUCCUGCUGACAAGGACAAAGAGAUCGAACCUAAUCUUCGGUCUCCUCCAAAAAGGCACAAACAAGAACCACUAACAAUCAAGGAUUCCACGGAACCAGAGCACCGCCAAGAAUGAUAUGUGCAAGCGUAUAGAAUUAGUUCAAAGAAUAGCUAAUGUCUACAUUCUGUGCAACCUCUUUUAUAACCCUGAAAUUGUAGUACUAACAACAAUACAAUCAGUUCGUAUGGCCUGGCUCGUUUCUCUGUAGGGUAGAUUGUCUUUCUAAAGGAGCCAUUAAGACUAAAUAUUAUUAGCUUGUAUAAUUAAUACUCAGAACCUAAUGACUGCUUAGUGCUCUAAUUAUUGUAUAUAUUUUAUUAAA